UCACCCCUUCCGAAGUGCUGGUUUUUCCAUUGCGAGAAAAACUUGGCGUGUUUCAAGAUGAACACAUUUUUCUUACUGUUCUUUGGGUCACUUCGCUGUCCAAUCUCGUGCCUUUCCUAUGUUCUUUCUCUCUCUCUCUGUUCCUCGCUCACUGAAAGCUUAGAGUGAUUUUCGUAAAACCCCACGAUUUCAUUACUGUUUCUACCAAAUUUUGUUCUUAGGGUUGAUUUUUUUCUUGAUUACUUUAGCUUUUCCUAGCUCCUCGAGCCGUGAUCUUUCUCCAAAAGCGAUAAAAAACUUUCCAAAUUUCAUUUCGCCUUCCCCUUUUGUUGUUUAUGCUUUAAACACACUGUUUCUUAUCAAUCACUCACUCACUUCAAAUAUGUCUUUAUUUCGGUUCUCUGUUUAUUUUUGGUCGUUCAGAGUAAUUUCUUGAUUUUCGAUCUUCUAUUUGGUGCUUGCUUUUGCGUCAGGGAAACUUUUGCAUCAAGGAAAAGAAAAGGGUAACAAGCUUAAAGAGAUUUCUCUCAUAGGUUUUUGCCGGUCAUUCUGUUUCAGGCUCUGUUCUUUUUUCGUUUCCUCGUCUUUGCUUCUGAGAAUAUGGGCUUUUCCCCCUGGAAAAUUGAUGAGAUUUGGUUAGAUAAUGUCAGAAGCAUCUGGAUUUGUACCAAGAGUUGAGUAUUUCAUAGUUUAGCUUCGAUUAUUGUUACUUCCUCUUUGAGGACUUUCGUCGAACACCUUGUCGGCAAGUUCGAACUCGGUAGUUUUUCUGGUUUUUCUCUUGCUGCUUUUGAAAAAUGGGUUGUAUCCACACAAAAUGUUGCUGUCGGUACCCAAAAUCAUUGGUUGGAGAAUCCCAGGACUUUCACCAAGGGGUUCCUUACUGUCUACAAGAUAACAGCACUGUGAUAGAAAGAGCAUUGGAGCUUAUUCCUGUGGCUUCCCACAACUAUCAUUUGGAUUACUUGGUAUUGGCUCAGCGUGGUUACUACCCUGAAUCUCCUGAUAAAGAAAAUCAAGACAGUUUCUGUAUUAGGACAAAUGUUCAAGGUAACCCGAAUGCUCAUUUUUUUGGUGUUUUUGAUGGACAUGGUCAAUUUGGAAUGCAGUGUUCAAAUUUUGUGAAGGAUAGGUUAAUAGAAAAGCUAUGUAAUGAUCCCACAUUGUUAGAUGAUCCUGUUCAAGCUUAUAAUUCAGCGUUUUUAUCCACUAAUGAUGAAUUGCAUUCAAGUGAAAUAGAUGAUUCCAUGAGUGGAACAACAGCAAUUACAGUCCUUGUUGUUGGGGAUACUCUUUAUGUAGCCAAUGUGGGUGAUUCAAGAGCUGCAAUUGCUGUUAAAGAAGGGAAUUGUGUUCUUGCCAAAGAUUUGUCAAAUGAUCAAACACCAUUUAGAAAGGAUGAAUAUGAGAGGGUUAAGCUUUGUGGAGCUAGAGUUCUUAGUGUUGAUCAAGUGGAAGGACUUGUGGAUCCUGAUAUUCAAUGCUGGGGUGAUGAAGAAAGUCAGGGUGGCGAUCCGCCUCGACUUUGGGUUCAAAAUGGGCUGUAUCCUGGGACUGCAUUUACCAGGAGCAUAGGUGAUAGUACCGCCGAGCAGAUCGGUGUAAAUGCUGUUCCUGAGGUUUUAGUUCUUCAGCUCAACCCCAAUCAUCUUUUCUUUGUGGUUGCUAGUGAUGGAGUUUUCGAGUUCCUUUCAAGCCAAACUGUUGUUGAUAUGGCAUCAAGUUAUGCAGAUCCUCAAGAUGCAUGUACCGCCAUAGCUGCCGAGUCGUAUAAACUAUGGAUGGAACAUGAAAAUCGUACCGAUGAUAUAACCAUCAUUAUUAUUCAUAUCAAAGGCUUGUCUAAUGUAUGAAGCACACAAUAAUCAUUUUGGAUACAUUUUUCAUGCUCUUGUAUAUGAUCAUGGUAUAAUUUUCCACGGCAGAAUGCAGGAUUACGUUGGACUGAAAAAAAAAAA